GUGCGCCCCACCCCCAGCCUGGGUGCCACCUUCUCUUGUGUCCCAGCGUCCGCCAUUCGCCGUAGCGCCCCUCGAACGUGUGGGAGCUUCCCCAGUCUGGGGAGAGUCGCAGAGUGUUGCCGCGCGUGUCCAGGGACCGCGUUGGGAGGCAACUAAGGCGUCGCACGCGCCAAAGCCAGGAAAAAAGGGGCUUCCGGGGACCCGGGCGCCUCGAAGUCCUACUCCCGGGCGAAGCCGCACCUGAGCUCGCGGGCCUGCAGUGCGCGGCCGUGGGCUGUCCCGCACCUGCUCGCGAGACCCCACCCCACCCCACGCCACCAACGGCCGGCGGCUCGAGGCCUGGCGCGCGGCGGCGCGGGCAGCAGGUCAUGGCGCAGCUGUGUGAGCCGCGGCGGGGCCGGGCGCUCCUCGCCUUGUUAGCUUCGCUGCUUCUCUCCGGGGCCCAGGCGGCCAGCAGAGACCUAGACGUCCACGAGUCUUGUGGAGUUUCGAAGGUAGUGGGGAAAUGCCGGGCUUCCAUCCCCAGGUGGUGGUACAAUAUCACUGAUGGGUCCUGCCAGCCAUUUGUUUAUGGAGGCUGUGAAGGCAAUGGCAAUAACUACCAGAGCAAGGAGGAGUGUCUUGACAAGUGUGCUGGUGUCACUGAGAGCACCACUGACAGCGUGGCCAGGAGCAGGGAUGGAGCGGACUCCUCGGUCCUGAAUGUUCCCAGAAAGCAGAAUUCUGAGGACCUCUCUGGUGAGAUCUUCAACUAUGAAGAGUACUGUGUCCCAAAGGCAGUCACUGGGCCGUGCCGCGCAGCCUUCCCUCGCUGGUACUAUGACGCUGAAAAGAAUUCCUGUAACAGCUUCAUCUACGGCGGGUGCAGAGGCAACAAGAACAGUUACCUCUCCCAGGAAGCAUGCAUGCAGCACUGCUCUGGUAAACAGGUGUAUCAUUUUCUGACCCCGGGCCUAAAAGCGGUGAUCCUGGCGGGGCUGUUCCUCAUGGUUCUGAUCCUCCUCCUGGGAACCUCUGUGGUCUGCCUCAUCCGCGUGGUUCGCAGAAAGCAGGAGCGUGCCCUGCGCACGGUUUGGAGCACUGCGGAUGACAAGGAGCAGCUGGUGAAGAACACCUGUGUCUUGUAGAGGCCCCGGUGCUCAAAGAACCGGGGUGACAACUUGUGCUGUUUCAAAAGAGAGCGACUGCUUGUGUCUGAGAUCAUUAGGGGGUUUGGUCUUAGUUUCCCAGUCCUGUUGGGCUGCUUAGGGCCUCCUCUUGACCCUGUCCUCCAGCUCCCCAUCCUCCCCUGGCCUGCCUCCUCUAACAUCACAAGGAGCCCCAUUCCUGUAGACUUCACUGUUUGAUUUAUGUGGGGUUUUUUUUUUAAGUAGAUAAAGGUUUUUUUAAAAUCAGGAUUCUGAAAGAAUAUGUUUAAUAAAGUGGGUCUUUUAAAACACAAUUUACUAUGUA